AUGGCCUUCCGUAUGCCUGCCGCGAUGCGCAAGAUGCCCAAGCGCGAGAAGCUCAUCGCCGAGAUCCCCAAGUGGAACAUCUUCCGCGGCGACAAGGUUGAAGUCGUCGCCGGCCCCACAAGGGUAAGCAGGGCGUCGUCAAGGAGGUUGUCCGCGCCAAGAACAGCCUCAUUCUCGAGGACAUCAACAUGCGCCACCGCUACGUCAAGGCCAAGCCCGGCGUCGCCCCGGCCGCAUCUACUUGGCCCCUGGCCCGAUCCAUUACAGCAACGUCAACCUGGUCGACGAGACCAUUGGCAAGCCCACGCGCAUUGCCAUCCGGUUUUCGGAGGAAGGCGAGCGUCUUCGCGUGUCGAAGAAGACGGGCACGAUCAUCCCCAAGCCCGAGGUGCUCAAGGAGCGCCACACCCCCAGAAGAACAGAGACUGGCCCCUUGGACACGGCGCCGGAAGAUGUCUUGGAGCGCACCGUCAGCGACGUCGAGCUCACGCGCCUUUAG